UUUAAAUUAAUUGGCAAGAACCAUUCUCGUGUUACGUCAAACAUCAAAAUCAAAUGCGUGUAUUUAUAUUUUUGUCGAAAUAAAUCAAGGAAAAUUCUUGUUUCUUGCCUAUGAUCUGCUGUUCGUAAAUAUAUCCUAUAUAUUUCAUUAAGAAAACAACAGUACUUACUUAAUUUGCUUUUUCCCACACAGAACAAUGUGUACUUUCAGUUUUGUGACUAAGCCUCUCCAUAAUCCUGUCACUUUAUUUACUAAUAAUUUCGAACUCAUUGAAAAAUAUUGAAAAUCUUUUUGUUAUUACGUUGUUCAAAAAUGGAAGUGAACCCGUUAAAUAUAUUUUUCGUGAAAUCGGACAGUAAGGGGGAUAGGUUAUUGUUCCGAUAUCCUUUUACAACUGAAAACAAGGAUGAGAGUAAACAGAAAAAAUGUGGAAGACACAAUCCGUACGCAGUUAGCUCUGCAGAGGAUCUCCUACAGAACCCACAGUCACAAACCUCUAAUAUCUGUAAAGCUGGAAGUCGCCCAUUGCUGGACGUAGGUCUUCCAAUAGAUGUUAACAAUCAACAACAUCGUCAGCUUACUACUAGCAAAGGUCAACUAAGUGGCUUUACUGAUGAAAUGCUGUCGACCCUGUUUGCAGUCAAGGCAGAAUUGUGUAACAGGAAGUUUGAAUUGAAAGUAAAUGAUGUUAGAUUUGUGGGACAUCCCACUUUGCUGCCAUAUAGGACUAAUAAGGAUGAUACAGCUGCUAUGAUACUUAUUAAUAUAGUAUUCGCAUUGCAAGCAUCUGCUAGUCAUUCUAUUGUUAAAUGUUAUUAUGAUCUGAGUAAAAGGCUGGGUAAGGCAUUGAGGCAUGAAGAAAAAAGGUGUUCAUAUUUGACUGAAGAAAUGAAAAUUAUGUUGGCAGCCCACGACGAAGUAUCGGCGCUAGAUAGCGAAAUGAAUGGAGAUAAUGAUGAUGAAGAGGACAAUCUGCGUCAUUCAGUCAGCACCACAAAUAGUGCUGAUAACUUUUUGGACACUGGACCAAUGUCUGCCUUCCAUCUCAUACUGCAGAGGAGCUCACUGGCACGGUCCAUGAAGGCUGUGUUUGAAGAAUUGAGCAGUACUGGUAUAGUCCAAGCCAGAAUAAACAAAUGGGUGUUCCUGUCGUUUUGUUUACCACACAAAGCACAUCAGAUCCACAACAGGGGAUUGAUCAUAGAGCCAGAAACCAUAGACAAAUGUCUACAGAAACUCAGGCCAUAUCAUGGUAUGCUGUUAUUGGUAAAUCCAAAUGAUCUCUUGGCGUCAAUACCACUGGAUGGAAGUUCCGCUUUACUGAGAUUAAUAAAACUAUACAGCCCACUCAAAAGCUUGCAGACUCUUGCUAUUGAAGCAGAUCUCACAUUUAAACAGGUGUCUCAGCUGACUGGCCAUCUGGUGUAUUGGGCUAAAGCGACGGUCAUAUACCCGCUGUGCGAGGGUAACGUGUAUGUGGUCGCCCCAGGCGCCAACGUGCACAUACAUUCGCCGCUCGUCGAAGAGUUCGCCAAGGAGUUUCCCGGAUUGUGCCUUUUACACAUGCUGAGCGAGUUCUCUCUGCCGGCGCCGCUGUGGUUCAUGUGGCGUGGCGGCGGCGGCGGCGCGGGCUCGGCGCGGCUGGCGCGCUGCGUGGCGUGGCUGCUGCAGCGACGUCUGCUGCUGCAGCUGCACACCUACGUGCAGUUCAACUCGCCGCACUGGGGGCGUGAUCCCGAUGGGAAGGAAUAUUUCUGCGAGAAACACGAUCUCUACAACCGUUCAUGCAGCAUGUCAUUCUCAUCCCUAAAUCACAUGCAACUUAACGUGCCUGAGCCGGUGGAGCCUAGGGACAACACGAUAUUUCCAGACUCGGACGAGGACUACCCUACAGAGAACAACCUCAACCAAACAGAUUUCUCUCACACUGGUCCAAUAGUAAUUGAUUCUGAUCGCAAGAAGUAUGAGAACUUUAAUGAAACCGACUCGGCCAAUCAUUCGUUUGACGAUGGAGUAGACGUCGUAGAUGGUGUAAAGACUAACGGAGUAAAUGGCGAUUUCGCCAAAAGUGAUAAAGUCCAGAAGAAAUUGCAGGCAAAUUCUCUGGAUAGCGGUAUAUGCAGUAAUAUUAACGGUGUUAAUGCUGUUGUGGAGGUUAAUGGUAAUGAAAAUGGGGAUGUGAAUGGUGAUACUAAAACGGAAGAAAAGAAAGGGUUGCCGUCGCGUUUGUCAGAUUUGUCUUUGAAAGACAGCGAGAAUCAGCUCAGCAGGGAUACAAGCAGUGAUGAAGAUAGGUUUGAAAGUGAUCAAGAUAUAUCGCCAAGGAUCAAAAAUUCUGGUGGUUUAACAAACGGAAAUGAUAAGAAGGGUGGCGUUUCGUUGAACUUGAAGCUGCAGAGUGAGAUGAGUUUCCAGCCGCCGACGGUGUGGAGCGCGCCGGGCGGGUGUGAGGCGGGCGGCGCACGCGCAGGCGGCGGCGCGUCGGGCGCCGACGAGCUGCUGCACACCUUCAGCGCCGUCGAACGCGCCGCCCUCGCUGCCGUGCCCGCCGCCGCCAACCACGAGGACCUGCUGUUGCUCGCGCAGCUCCACAAGAAGGGUUAUUUCCGCGGCGAACAGCAUUUAGAAGAGAUAAUGUUUAUGGAAAAUGUCAGCCGCUCGCAACUUUUACAGCUGCUGGACAAGUUCAAAGAUGUAUUGAUAACUUUCGAGACCGAAGACCCCGCGGUCGCCAUGCUGUACCCAUAUCAAUAGCUGUUAAAGGGUAGUGUUUGUGAAAUAUGUUAAGAGCCUCUAACGGGCACUAAUUGCUAACAUCACACGGAAAUACUUUAGUAUCGUGUAUACGAGAAUUAAUAUGACUUACGAUUACGUAGUACCAAGAGUCGACCCAAUAUUUUCGGGUCAGUGUGUAUAUCGCACUUUUCAAACCCAGUUCUAUAUGGCUGGUUCAAAGGCGUUAGUCAAAUAACAUGAUUUUACUGUUUGUUACAAUAUCAUGCGGGAAAUUUUUCCAAGUGAAUUUGGGAAUUUAUGACUUUAUAAUUUUGCUGGUGCAAUACCUUCACUUUACUUGCUAAUUAUUUUACGUUAUGUAAUAAAAAGGUGGCGUAACUACAAGGCAUUUUUUUAUGCCAGUGGUCUCUAGUCUCGAAUGGUCGUGUGAAUGAUGUGUAAUCAUCAUCAUCCACAGGAUGUCCACUGCUGAACAUGGGCAGAUCUGUAAUAUAUUUAAUUAAUAUAACGUAAAUGUAUCUUAUUUGAUGUCACGGGCGGGUCUAGCUUUCAUUUCAGGGUGGGGGUCUAUUCACGACAAACUCAAAAUCGAUUACAAUAAUAAAUUUAAUUACAAAUAAGAAAUAGUAUGUUAUUUUUAAACGUCAAAAUAAUUUUAAUCAUAUAACGAAAUCAAUUUUCCUCUGAACACAAAUAACAGUAAUUAUGCAUGUCAUUCGUGUGUAAUAGCUAUCAUUUAAAAUAUUUAUUUUAUUAAAUAUAUAUUAAUAAGAGACCUUAAAAAUUAUCAGUAGUCACCUAGGUCCUGCCCAGGAAGGGGUCAUGACAAUGACCCCCCUCUUUCUACAUCCGCCCUUGUUAGAUGUCAUUUAGGUUAGGACUUUACAUAAACAACCAUUGAUCCAAGGAAAUUAAUAUUAAAUUAUUAAGUUCAAACUGAAAUGAUAAAUACCCUGUUUCGUUAGGUUGUUCAGCAUUUUCAUGCUUGUAUAUAGUGUUCUAAAAUAGCCAACGUAUUCCUUCACAGUAUAUUGAAUGUCAACUUAUCAAAAUGUCAUAAUAGUGUUAAAUGGCUAUAGCAAUAUUGAAAAUACGGACAUGGAACAUGUGCUCAUCAAAUGUAGUGAUUUAAAACUAAUGUAAUGCAGUUAAAAUAAAAAUAUAGUCUAAUUGAUAACAGUAAUUUGAUGUGUGUUUUAUACUAUUUAAAUUAAGUACCAUACGAUGAUAUGUCUAAUUUUGAUUCUACUGAUAGUCUUUUAAAGCGGCGCCUCUCGCAAAGCGACGCUUUAAUUAUAACUAUACUUGCAUAUAGAAAAUAAAACAUAUUAUUUCUAGAAUAUGAUAUCUUUAUUUUAAUUUUGUUGGUUAUACUUGGUUGCAUAAUUAUUUUAUAACGUUGAUAUUAUUUCAUUCGUUUCAUAAUGAAUAAGCCACUAAAAUUUCUCGAUUCCGUGCAUCUUCUCCUAAAGUACACGACAUUUUAAUUUGCAACCUACAUACACUAUUAAAUAGACAUGGUAGUUUAAUAUUUUUAAAAAAUAUUAAAUUCAUUUUUAAAGGAAAUCGUUCAUAGUGCUUCGCAUAUUUCCGCCCGUUACUCGAGCGUCGUAAAUAUAUGGAACGAAUGCUAAAAACAAUUUGUUUGGUGAAGCGCCUUAAAAUACUGUAGUAUUAGCCCCUUAUUCAUAGACGUUUUUUAUCCAAGGACGGAGCACUGCUGUGAUAAGUCUCUUUCUCAGUGCUGACGGCAUGGCAGCCUUCGCAGUGCGUAGACGUAGGGCCAUUGUGAUUGGCUUAUAUUAAGAUUCGACUUGAAUCUAGUUGGCUCUCAGAUAUACAAAGCUGAUAAACAGAUUUUUAUCAUAACCAUGCUCCGUCCGUAGAUAAACACGGUCUAUGAAUAAGGGGAUUUAAUUAUUAUGUCUUAUCCUUUGAUUAAAAAUUGGUCUUAUCAUUAAAUUCAUUUUUAAUAUCA